AUGAGUUCUCCAACGACGUCAUCUCGCGCUCCGGAAGGAGAGGUUGCACCUUCCACCGACCUCUCUCAUGACCUCUCUCAUGACCCUGCCAUCGCCCGCGAGGUAGCUGCAGCAUCUCGUGAAGCAAAUCCGAAGCGCAGCGCCGAGGACGCGUCAACACCGGAAUCAGAUCAUUCCGCGGAGUCAGGAGAGGUCUCACCAACCUCUGGGGCAUCAAGCGAGGCUGAGCGUGGCACUGAAGCACCACCGCUUCCUGACGAGGCACCGCCGCUACCCCAAGAAGCCGCGCCGGCCGCAGAGGACGACGGCUGGGAUUUUCAUUGGGAUGAGGCUCACCAGGCAUACUUCUUCCAUAAUCACAUCACGGGCCAAUCCACGUGGGAAAACCCUCGGCUCUCCAAACCAACAACUGGCGAACCGAGCACAGCCAACGCAGCUGAACCGCCCAAGAACGAAAAGCCCCCUGCCGGUGGCUACAACCCAGCUAUACACGGAGACUACGAUCCCAAUGCAUGGUAUGCGAAGACCGACGAGGAGAAGUCGGCAGGGCAAUCUCAGCCCGUGGAUCCUGCCGCCGCUUAUGCCGCAAUGGGCUCAUUCAACCGUUUCACCGGCCGCUGGCAGAGUGAUGAGCAAAACCCCGACCAACACAACGACGAGAACAAGUCUAAGCGCCAGAUGAACGCUUUCUUCGAUGUCGAUGCAGCCGCCAAUUCUCACGAUGGGCGUAGUCUCAAGGCUGAGCGAUCGGGAAAGAAGCCAAGCAAAACCGAGCUCAAACAAUUCAAAGAGAAGCGGCGGGCAAAGAAGGAAGAAAAGCGCAGGGCUUGGCUGAAGGACUGA